CACACACACACACUGCGUGCGGUAAGGCUGGUGAACGCCCAGGCACCGUUCUGACAUGUGAGAGAGAGCCUCGGUGACGUUUUGGACCUGGGGCAUCGAUCCUCUCGAUAAUGCGCGCGCCAAAUGCGCAAUGCAUAUAUGCAUGCGUGGAACCGCAGUUUUAUGGGGUGUGUUCUGCUUGUGGAAACUCUAAAAUCAUUCCAUCCUCUGUCCUCUCCUGCGAAAAACACCGCUCAUCAUCAAAUUCAAGACUUCCAGAAAGAAUUAGACCAAUAUCCUCAAAAUGGCCGCUCCCGCUGAAUACACGAUUGCCAACCUGAACGGUCAAUGGGUUCUUAACAAGACCCUCUCCGACGCGACCGAGCCCGUCCUCACCCUCCAGGGCGUCGGCUGGCUCAAGCGCAAGGCCAUCGGCCUCGCGACCAUCACUCUCUCCAUCACCGAGAAGGUCGUGGACGGCCUCACCAUCAUCGACAUUGAGUCUACCGGCACCGGCGGCAUCCAAGGCACCGCCGAGCACCGCGAGCUGAACUGGAGCGAGCGCGAGCACGAGGACCACGUCUUCGGUCCGCUGACCGGCCAGACCAAGUGGCUCGACAACAAGGGCGCUGACUGGGAUGCCCUGGACUCGUUCCAGAAGGAGGGAUGGCUCGAUGAGAGGGUUGGCCCCAACGGCGAGCCGCACAUCCUGACUACCGCUGUCAGCAAGACGAAUGGCUGGACUGCUAUCCAGGUCUGGGGUUUCACUGAGCUCAACGGCGUCAGGUACUACACCAGGAAGGUGGUCAUCACCAAGGGGAGCGAGGUGUUGAAGGUCAGGAUCUUCUACGACUUUGCUGGCCCAAAGGCCUAGAUGGGCGCUGGACGCUGGGGUUGAUGGAGUAGGGUGGACAGACGGACAGGCAGACUGCACAUAUGGGUUGCGCGAUUCAUUGCUAGCGGGUUACCCUAGAAACCGCGUGGGUUAGAGGUUAUAACUAAAAACCAUCGAGAAUACCCAAGUACCUCCCGAGGACACGUAGUGGACAUCUUUUUUGAGAUAUAAUCGG